AAAUUGCUUCGACGUACACAACGACAAACAACAUCAACCUUUGUUCUCGCCACCAUGGUUAAACUCCUCCUUUCUAUCAAGGCCGAGCUCGAGAAUGUCACCGAUCUCGCCCCUGCCUCGGACGACUUUGAGUAUUUCUUCCAGGUCCAAUGCAACAGCUGCCACGAGACGCAUCCAAAGUUUGUCGGCAUGAACAUGAAGGACGAGCGCGAAGUCUCCGGAGGCAAAAACGCGACUGCGAACUUUGUUUGGCGAUGCGGGAUGUGCAAACGAGAAAGCUCGGCCAAGUUCGAUACGGCGUAUGGUGUGAAGCCAUAUAGCGCUGAGAAUGGCCAGUUUGGGCCUCUGCUGACCAUCGAGUGCCGUGGCCUGGAGUUUGUUGGCUUCGACAUGACUAGGGGCGCGUGGAAAUGCAAGGGUGUGGAUUCCGGCACCGUCUUCUCCGAGGUUGACCUGAGCGACGGAGAGUGGACGGACUACGACGAGAAGGCCUCCCAACCUGUAGGCAUAUCCGAGCUGGGCAGCAAAUGGAGCCGCGCUUGAGUUUUCGCACUUCAUCAUGUACGCAAGCAAUACAACGAUGUUAACGAGUCCGUCAAUACAAAAAGAUAUGCAGUCAGAUAUUUGGG